CGAGUGUACGGACGCGCGCCGAGAGGGGUGCGCGCUUUUUCCAGUGUGGCGUGGCCGCAAUCGAGGAGUUCGCCCUGCCAGACUGGAUGUUUACACUCCUGGUCCAAGGAAAAGGCAGGAACCAUCCCAUCCAGUCUGGAACACAUCCCCGGCUCUGCGGUCUGCUGCGCGCGUCUGGACGCGCACUAAUAAACGGGUGACAAGGAAUCUCUCCUUUUUCCAUUGUACUAUGCAGCUUUUGUGAAUGUGGGGUUUUCACGUCUGAGGUCUCCGGGGAGAGCGGAACCAAAGGAGCCAGACAUCCCACUGAACUUGACCCACUUUCUGCGCUGAAAAUGCGGGCUGCUGCGCUGCUGAGCGCCGUGCUCGUCCUCCUCCUGGAGCGCUCCGCCGCGGAGCCGAGGGCCAAGUGCCCGACAAAAUGCGACGUGCGCGGCUGCCCGAGCACCGGCUGCCCGGGCGGGUACGUCCCGGACCGCUGCAACUGCUGCCUGGUGUGCGCGCAGGGCGAGGGCGAGCCGUGCGGCCGCCGGGACGACCUGCCCUGCGGGGACGGGCUGGACUGCAAGAGCCCGGCGGGGAAGCGGCUCUCGCCGAGCUCCUGCCGCUGCAAGCUGGGCUACCGGGUCUGCGGCAGCGACGGGAACACGUACGGGAACGUGUGCCAGCUGAAGGCGACCAGCUGGGAGGCUGUGCAGCAGGGACUUCCAGGGGUCACCCAGGUGCACAAGGGACCGUGUGGCACCAGCCCAGGUGCCCUUCGAGCUUCCAGUCCUCGUUACAAAUUCAACUUCAUCGCUGACGUGGUGGAGAAAAUCGCCCCCGCCGUGGUGCACAUCGAGCUCUUCCUCAGACAUCCUCUCUUUGGUCGCAACAUCGCUCUGUCCAGUGGGUCGGGGUUUGUGAUGUCAGAAAACGGACUGAUCAUUACCAACGCACAUGUGGUGUCCGGCACCACGCCUGUGUCGGGUCAACAACACCUGAAGGUCCAGAUGCAUAACGGUGAAGUUUAUGAAGCCAGCAUCAAAGACAUCGACAAAAAGUCAGACAUUGCCACCAUUAAAAUCAACACGAAGAACAAGCUGCCCGUGUUGCUGCUGGGCCACAGUUCGGACCUGAGGCCCGGCGAGUUCGUGGUCGCCAUCGGCAGCCCUUUCGCUCUCCAGAACACCGUCACCACCGGCAUUGUCAGCUCCGCCCAGAGAGAUGGUAAAGAGCUGGGCCUCCGGGACUCAGACAUGGAUUACAUCCAGACGGACGCCAUCAUCAACUACGGAAAUUCAGGAGGCCCGCUGGUCAACUUGGACGGGGAGGUGAUCGGCAUCAACACGCUGAAAGUGGCGGCAGGGAUCUCGUUCGCCAUUCCCUCGGACCGGAUCACCCGCUUCCUCAACGACUCCCUGCACAAACACAGCAAAGAUGUGAGGUCGUUGAAGAAGCGCUUCAUUGGGAUCAGGAUGCUGACCAUCACGCCAACGUUAGUUGAAGAGUUAAAACAACAGAACCCAGACUUCCCUGAUGUUCUCUCUGGGAUUUACGUCCAUGAGGUUGUCCCAAACUCUCCUGCACAGAAAGGCGGCAUCAAAGACGGUGACAUCAUCGUGAAGCUGAACGGCAAUCCUCUGGUGACCACGGCCGAGCUGCAGGAGGCGCUGCAGGACGAGACGGCCCUGCUGCUGGAGGUCCGGCGGGACAACGACGACCUGCUCUUCAGCAUCCAGCCGGACAUUAUUAUGCAGUAGACGGAGGACGCUCGGAAACCAGGGUGUUUGUGAAGAGAACCUGUCAGACGGCAGAAACUCUGCACGCCAGUGCACGCGUCUCCUGUCACCCCGGUGACUCACUGUGACCCUGGCUGUGCCUCGCUACAAGGAGCCAUGACGGAUGCAAGCAUGUCGAGGAUCUGCAGCUGUGCCUCCCUCCUGCUCGCAGCAGAUCUGAGAGCAGACGGACGCUGGAACAGAUGUUCACCCGACACGUCUGCAUUUACCAAACCAGUUCAAUGUCUAUUAAAUACUUGAAUGUUUCACUGUAAUGAUGCUUUUUCUUCAACCUCAGACACAU